AUGGAUUUGCUAAUACAUGAUGAAGAAUAUCCUUUAAAGAAAAAUUUAAGCAUUACAGUUGCAAGCGAAUAUAGAACAUCAUCUGAAUUGAACUCAGAAUAUUUGACGAUAUUUGCAAAGUCUUUAUAUACUUUGAAGCCUAUUUAA